AAGGGAAAUUCUACUAUGAGCCAAAUUUACAUUUUUCUAGGUAAAGAAAUGGUCGAUUACAUUGCAGACUACCUUGAAAAUAUACGUGAUCGUCGAGUCUUUCCCGAUGUCAAACCUGGUUACAUGCACAAUUUAUUACCAGAGUCAGCACCGGUUGAUGGCGAAAAGUGGGAAAGUAUAUUUAAUGAUAUUGAACGUAUUAUAAUGCCAGGUGUAACUCAUUGGCAAAGUCCCCAUAUGCACGCAUAUUUUCCAGCAUUAAACUCAUUUCCAUCGAUGUUAGGAGAUAUGUUAGCUGAUGCUAUCAAUUGCCUAGGUUUUACAUGGGCAAGCUCACCAGCUUGUACCGAGUUAGAAACAAUUGUAAUGAAUUGGUUAGGAAAGAUGAUUGGUUUACCUGACGAAUUUCUUCAUUUGAACAGUAGCAGUAAGGGCGGUGGUGUAAUACAAACAACAGCAAGUGAAGCUACUUUGGUUUGCCUUCUAGCAGGUCGCACACAGGCUAUUAAGAAAUUUCAUGAGCAAACUCCUGGACAUCAGGAUGCAGAAAUCAACGCAAGACUUGUUGCUUAUUGUUCAGACCAAGCACAUUCAAGUGUAGAGAAAGCUGCAUUAAUCGGUCUUGUGAGGAUGCGUUAUAUUGAAUCAAAUGAAGAGCUUUUGAUGCGUGGAGCACCACUAAAGGAAGCAAUAGAAACCGAUAUUAAACAAGGCUUAAUACCUUUCUGGGUUUGUUGUACAUUAGGAACAACUGGAGCAUGUGCUUUUGAUAAUUUGGAUGAGAUUGGAGAAGUUUGUCGUGAAUUCGGUUUGUGGUUACAUAUAGAUGCCGCAUAUGCAGGAAGCGCAUUAAUUUGCCCUGAAUAUCGCGUAUGGUUAAAGGGUAUUGAAAGAGCAAACUCUAUAGCAUUUAAUCCAUCGAAAUGGUUGAUGGUUCACUUUGACUGCACUGCAAUGUGGGUCAAGGACAGCACUGCAGUUCAUAGAACUUUUAACGUCGAGCCUCUGUACUUGCAACAUGAAAAUUCCGGACUAGCAAUAGAUUACAUGCAUUGGCAAAUUCCUUUAAGUAAAAGAUUUCGAUCACUUAAACUUUGGUUUGUUUUACGAUAUUUUGGAAUUCGAGGCCUACAAAAACAUAUCAGAGAGGGGGUACGACUGGCACAAAAAUUUGAAGCAUUAGUUUUAGCAGAUCAUCGGUUUGAAAUCCCAGCAACACGACAUCUGGGAAUGGUAGUAUUUCGCAUAAAAGGCGAAAAUGAACUCACAGAAAAAUUACUAAAACGCUUGAAUCAUCGUGGAAGAUUACAUUGUGUUCCAGCAUCAUUGAAGGGUAAAUACGUAAUUAGAUUUACAGUAACAUCAACUCAAACAACAAUUGAAGACAUAUUAGAGGAUUGGAAUGAAAUUAGAGUAGUCACAUCAGAAUUACUAGAAGAAAUGAAUGUCAAAAUUGAUCGUAUAAAAGUGUUUUUAAAAGACACAAAAGAAAAAAGCGAAGCAUUUGGCUCAAGCUUAUUACUUUCUAAUUCACCAAUGUCGCCAAAGGUAGUAAAUGGCUCUUUUGCCGCAAUAUUUGACGCUGAUGAAUUCUUAGCUAAAACUUAUGCUGGAGUAAGAAUUGCUAAUCCAACAUUACACACAAAGCUACCACCUUUACGCCCAUUAAUAAAACGCCCAACAAAUUUCACUAAUUUUCAGCAUCAAGAUUCUCCAUCAAUGCGGCGUCGAGUUCGUGGAAUUUUGAUGUCAGGUAAACAAUUCUCUUUGGACUCUGGGAUGGAUCUCGUAAUUCAAUCUUGUUGUGAUUCUAAUACUGAACAAAUAGAAGCAAACGCCAUUAAAGAAGAUAGUGAAGAUGGUUUGGAAGAAUAUGAAUUACUAGAGAAUACUCCGCUAACACCUCCACCAAGAAUAUCACCAAUGAUAAACCAUCAUUCCCUUCAACAACUGAAAGAACGAAAAUUAAUGGAGACCAAGGCCUUAUUGAGAAAUUCAGCGAAGUCGGCUAUUCAAUUUUCAAAACAACCAAAACCAAUUAAAAUCGAAAUGCAAGAUCCAACCCAAGUCGGAAAUAAAUGUAAACUUUUAGAUAAUUCUUCAUUAUCAAGAUCAGUGGCAAAAUCACUUCGCCAAGAAAAAACAAAAGCCAAUGAUUUUAAGGGUAGAAUUUUUAAUUUUAAUAAUAGAUUUGAAGACAAAUUUUUAUCAUACAUUAAAAAAAAUUCAUCUAAUAUGGAAAAUACUUGUAGUCAGUGUAAAGUUCCGUUAAAUUUGAACAAUGAUGAUACUUGUGCAAAAGUGAAUGAAAAAAGUCAGUAUAAAUCAAAUUUUAAAUCUACAGUUAAUACCGUUAUAUUAAAACAAAAAAUUUUUUCAAGUCAACAUCCCAAAAGUAAAGGCAAAAAUAUCUUAGCUAAAGAAAGAUAUUUUCACAACGAAGAACCGAUUCUUUCAAACGAAAUAAACUCUUCAUUUAAGCAAACAGAAAAUUCGUCGCUAAAACCACAAACUUAUCAUGGCAAAAAGUUUUUAGAACAAUCUUCAAAUAAUGCAAUAUUUGCAUUUUAUAAUAUAGUUCCCAGAUCUACCAACUCAUAUCGACAUUAUAGUAGUAUUAGUGAUAUGUCAGAAGAGGAAUUGUCUUUAUAUGAUAGAAAUAGUGUUGAAUUGAGUUUCGAUAGUCAUUUAUUCCCUUCACCUACAACACAAAUUUUUAAUAAUUCAAAAUUGUUAAAUAAAAAUCAAAGUUCACCCUUGAAAAUAGAGUUAAAGAGUGACAAUAAUGUAAAUUUUAAAAGUAAUAUUGAUGCACAUGUUAAAUGUAAUAAUAAUGAAGACGUUGUCAAUCAUAAUCAUGAAUUAAAAUUAAAUGUUGAAACUGAAAAUCAGGAAGAUAUAACGGGGGUUUUAGAACGGUCAACAAGCUCUUUAUAUUUAGCCGCAUUUCUACAUACAAACAAUGAAAAAAGAUCUCCAGUUAAACAAUAUAAUUGUAAUAUUUCAACUCAGGAAAAUCAAAAUAAUAAAAUUGUAACUGGAAAAAAAGAAAAUGAACCAAAGAACAAUAGUUCAAUCGAGAAUAUGGUUAUUCCGCUUAAAAGUUUAUGUGAAUAUAAUGAAAAUGAAGGAAAAAGUCAAGUUGAAAGUUACGAGAACAGUAACGAACUCAAAACUAACAAAAAAAACCAAAGCUAUUUUCAUGAAACCAAGACGGACUCAUCAACAUCCAACUCAUCUACAAGUGUUUUAUCGUAUGCGGCAAGUUUGUGGUCAUCUCUUGAAGUUGUUGAAUUAUUAUCGCGAUCAUCUUCAACCGUACAUUUGGGUGCAGACAGUUGGACCGUAAUAAAAGAUCUCUCCGAAAAAGAGAACUCUGAAAAUACUGAAAUUUGCAAAAAAUGUGGACAUAAUACCAUUACAACACCAUCUAAUCAGCUAUUCGACGUCAAACCAAAACAAAAUGAUUACUGUAAUGAAAUAAAGAAUAUUUACAAAACUAAUUCCAUAGAAUAUAAAAAUUGCAAAACUAACCGUGAAGAUUGCCAUAAACAAAGUGUUGUUAGCGAACACACGUUUGAAAGUUGUGGUGUAAAUUAUGAGGAAUCUGCUUGAUUGUUACUGAUAAAUCGAACAAGUACCCUAUAACAAAAUUUUCAUAGAAAAUUUAAUUAACCGGUUUUUUUCUAAAACAAUCUCAAUUAUUGACUGAAAUAAAUCAACGACAUCUUGCAGUUAAGAUUUGUUUCAAAUGUUAGCUUUGCAUUAUAUAAUUAACUGUCAUAUGUUAUAUAGAUAGACAAUAAUUUGUCAAUUUGGUCCGUCACAAUGAAAAAAUCAAUAAUAUUUUAUAAAUAAUUUUUAACAAUUCAAAAUUAUAAAAAAAUUAAAGCUAUAAAUUAUAAAAAAAUUUUAAAAAACAAAAAUUUAUCCUAUUAAAAAUUUGGGUAAAGUUCAAAAGACUAAACAUUAAAAAUAUCAAUCAAAUUAAGUCAAAAUUUUUAAGCAACAUCGUACAUAUCAAUAUACCCAGCACUCGUCGCGUGAGUGCAAUUUUAAUCCAUAGACCACUUUCGUAAUUUUUGACUUAGGACCACAGCCAGGUUUUCAAGGAUGAACGUUCAGAAUAUGCAAUCCGUUUUUCGCUAUCUCAUUGAUUUUCUAAAUAUCCAGACGUUAUUUUGAUCUACCUCCAUUUUUAAUUUAAUUUGGGACAGAUUUUGAUUCAUUUUUUUGGCAAAUGUUUUAGUGCUAUAAUUUCAGAAGCAAUUUUCUCGUUUCAAAAAAUCUGUCGUAUGGAUUCAAAUUACCUUUAGUUUACGAUAUGUAUAUCUAUUUACUAAUUAAUUACAUACUUCCUAUAUAGAAGCAGAAAGGUGGAAAAACCAAAUUCGUUAAUUUUGUUUUUAUAUAGAGUAAAGCGUCCAUGGAUUAGUUACUUAACUGCUGCGCUAAUCAAAAACUUAAACAACAAGCUACAUUUAUUAAAGUUUCUUAUUGAACUACAUGUUAAACCAUCUUUAACAAAACAAAUUAAAAAAAUAAUGAAGUAAAUAUUUAAAAAAAGAAAUUAAUUGAAAACUGUUUAAUAACAGCGAACUAUUGAAAAUUUUUUUUACUUAAGAUUUCAUUUAAAAUAACACACUAGAAAAUUAAUAAAUAUUAUGUAAUAUAACUUGUUAUAGUAUGUAAUGUAAUUUGCUAUGUAUUUUAAUAUUUAAAUACUAAUAAUACAUUAUUUAUACAAUUAUAUUAAGCAAAGAUGUAUCUUAUUAUAUUUAUAUUUCCGCAUUAAAAAUAUGUUUCAAGUGUUAAUUGUAAUCGACAUUUUAUUAAAUAUGCAACAAGUUACAAAUUAUCGAAGAAUACGCA